AUGGCGAAUUACACUUCGAGGCGACCAGAAAUGCUCGAUAGAUUGUAUGAAGAAGGCAGAUCGAACAUGGUAUAUCGAUAUGCGUUCAAGGAUGCCCAAAAUAGUGAGGCGAUUGCGCUUUUGCCUGAGCAAGAAAAGCUACAGGCAAUUGAGCGCGCUGUCUACAAGAAGCUCUUCGGCGGUGAUCUCACGGAUAAGAAAGACACUACCAAAAACGCAAAUUUUAUGGCUGAGCCCAAGAAAAACGAUGUUUCCCAAUCUAACCACCGUCAAAACCCGGGAAAAUCUGCUACUCCUGUCGCCAAAAAGAAGAACGAUACCCAAGAAGCCAGAGGUCCAGUCGAUUCUAAUACCACAAAGGUGGUUGCCGGCAUCAGUCAUAGGGAUCAAGCCGCAAAAACUCCUCCUCCCGACGAAAGCCAGUUGACGGAUAGACAGAAGCGAGUCUUAAUACUUGCUGUAGAAACAGCCAGACGUGACGCAAUUUUGGACAAGCGCAAUAGAUUGCUGCCAAUGAGACCAGGUGGUAUAAUCGAACAAUUCUCGACAUACGCUCAAGCUACCUCCGACUGCGAGUAUUGCUGGUUUGCUGAAGAUGGUGCACAAAUGAAAGAGGUUGAACGGAAGUUGGAUGUCAAAGUCAUGUUUGUCUUUGAAAAAUCUCAUCGGUUUCGUCUCUGGCCUGAACCAGCAGAUUGGGAUGCCUUUGAAAAGGAUCAUGCGGAGGGAAUGGAAUUGCUUGCUAGAUGCGAGAUAUAUAUGGAAUUCUGGGUUUGGAUCUUCACAUCUACAGGUCGUGUAACAGAUCGAAUUCCAUUGACUUCUUGUCUUGAAUAG